AUGUCUACUAAAAGUAGUCAGUCAUCAGGAGAGUCAUCACCUCUCCUUCCCACCACUUUCCAACAACCCACACAGAUCUUCUCUUCAGAGGAAGAGUAUACCAAGGGAGAGGAGAAGAGUUCAAAGGAAGACUCUCCAUUUCUUGAAGAAAAUGAGUAUCUGGAAGAGAAUGAGUAUCUGGAGAAGAAUGAGUAUCUGGAGAAGGAAAAGUAUCCACAGGAAGAUGACUAUCUGGAGAAGGAAAAGCAUCGGAAAGGAAAGAAGGAUCUGAAUGAACGGGAGUCUCUGAAGGGGAAAAAGCAUCUACAGAAGGAAAAAAAUUAUUUGUAUGAAGAAGGCUAUCUAGAAAAGGAACUCCUGGUGAUUUAUCCAUCGCACACCCCGCCUAAUCUUAAUGAAAGAAGCCCAGCUGCUGCCGUCUCUCCGGUGAACACCCUCCUCACCGCCACUCCUCCCACCUUUGAACCUGCCAGCACGUCUCCUCACUCUGCCAGGAAGACUUUUAUCGCCUUCAAGGAGGAUGCUAGAAGAUCUCGGCCCUCGCAAGACCAGGGCACGCAGACAGAGGGCGCCUAUGAGACUCACGGAUCAGAAGCUUACGAGGAUGCUGAGACAACAGAUACUGGCGCUCUCGUGAUAGGCAGCUUUACAGCUAGGCUAAGCAGUACGUCUCCAAGCCAUGUCGUCAGCAGCAGAUGCGAACAGCUUUUUAAGAGCUCCUAUCACACAGUAUUUAAGACCGUGCUCAAAAAGCAGGCUGCUCACAGUGAACUGGAAGAGGAUACUGACAUUCCCCUGACUGGCCAACUGGAAAGUGAAACCAGAAGGAAACUGAGAAUUCUGUUGAAGACAAACAUUGAAAAGUACAAGGAAGUAAUUCACUGGAUUAUGGAGAAACGUGGAACCAUACUCAGAGAUUCAGAUAUGGCUACUCACACAUUUAAUUUAUUGAGCCAAACUGAGGAGCCCACGACAGAAGGAAAAAAACCUCAUCGUAUUCGUCGUAAAAAGAAAUUAGAUACAGAAAUAGAUACAGAGUGGAUAAAGAGCAGCACUAAGAUCUAUGUUUUCUUUCUCUUUUCUACCAAAGCCAUACUCAGAGAUUCAGAUAUGGCUACUCACACAUUUAAUUUAUUGAGCCAAACUAAGGAGCCCACGACAGAAGGAAAAAAACAUCAUCGUAUUCGUCGUAAAAAGAAAUUAGAUACAGAAAUAGAUACAGAGUGGAUAAAGAGCAGCACUAAGGUGCAUCAAGGUGUUGUAAAAGUAAUUCUCUACCCCAGUGAGAAUAUCUUCCGAAUUCUCUUUUCUGAUGAAUCAGGCCAAAUAUAUUACCCAUCGGGAAACCUGGCUGUGAUCUCCUUCUGUACGGAAGAGAGGCAGUUCACAUAUAUCAUUUUGGAAGACAGUGAAGAAGGGUGUGUUCGAGCCCUUAUCAACAACACUGGCCAUGCCACCAUCUAUGAUGAAUACAGAGAAAUCUGGUUGAGCCUGAGCCAAAACCUGGGCUACUACUUUGACAAAGACAAAUCCCAGAAGGCCUGGAACUGGUGGAACCUGAACCUGCACGUCCACGCGCCCCCUGUCCGGGCUAUCUCCUUAAACAUCAACCAGUAUAUCAAGGUACAAGUCAAAAGCCAAAAUGAGAUCAUCUUCCGCUUCGUCCACCAAACAAACCGCAUUUCCUUAAACCUGGGCACCAAGUACAAGUUCAUCAACCCGGAGAGGCUGAGUGAAAUGAAGGUGAAAGCAAUCCUAGAGGUGGACUUUGGUUCAACAGCUCGAAAGAUUCAGGUCCUUCUGGGCAAAAUGAGUAGGAUUCUGCAUUUCCUGACCAUCUGUGAUUUGGAAAACUUCAUAGAGAGCGCCACGAACUUGCUGCUGCACAACAGUCGGAGGAGGAAGAAGUUUUAG